ACCGUCCACGCCAGGCGGUGAUUGGUUGUCGAGAAGCGGGGCGACUCGACCACUGGAGAGGUAGCCGCAGCGGUGAGGAGAGCCAUGGGUCAGGCGGCCAAGGUUUUACAGCUCUUUAGAACAUUGCACAGGACCAGACAACAAGUUUUUAAAAAUGAUCCCAGAGCACUAGAAGCAGCCAGAAUAAAGAUAAAUGAAGAAUUCAAAUGUAAUAAAAGUGAAACUUCUCCUAAGAAAAUAGAAGAGCUGAUAAAAAUAGGUUCUGAUGUUGAAUUGAUACUGAGAACAUCUGUUAUACAAGGUAUUCACACAGACCACAAUACGCUGAAAUUGGUCCCUAGGAAAGACCUUCUUAUAGAAAAUGUGCCGUAUUGUGAUACACCAACUCAGAAGCAAUGAAUUUUUCUAGAAUAAAAUCAAGUCUUUGUUAUUUUUAAUUUUAAAAUAUAUAACUCUGGCAAACAUCCUGGAAAUGUAGGUAAUUUUUCUCUGAACUGACAUAUUGAAAAUGAAUGAAUGAAAGUAUAGUUUCAUAAUUAAUUUUCACAUUUUGGAAAGGACAUUGCUAAAAACUGCAAAACAUAGUUAAGUAUUUCUAAAGAAUAAUACAGAAGAAGACAUUUCAUUUUCACUGAAAAUCAAAGUGUAUAAAGUAAAAUAAAUGCUUAGGGAGGUAUGUCAUAUUCACUUCUCUUUGACCUUGCUGAGUAUUUUGUCUUAUCAUGGCUAUUUGAGAAUGCAGUGUUUUUGACAGGUUGAUGGAUUUUUCUUCCCAUAUGAAAUGAAGCUAUUAGAUUAAUAAUAUUAAACUAAUAUUUAGUUCCCAAAACAUUAAUUGGCACCAAAAUCACAAUGUGUGUCAACUUUCCACAGGAGGUGGCCUUUGUUUCAAAUACUGGAAUUAUUUUUGUAGUUAACAAGUAAUUGUAGUUUCCUUUUAGAGAUAAAGCAUAUGUCUCUGUUCCUAUAAAGAAGUUUUUAAAUUAAUCUUCUGAAGAUGGAUGAAUAAAAUAUCAAAAUCACCUAUGAUAACUGUGGAAUACAGAAAUCCUAAUUGUUAAGGUAAUAGUGGCCCUUGAUCAAACUGUAUAAUAAGACAUUAGUAGAGUUAACUGUAGUUAGAUCACAGAUAGACUUUAUUGUGAAAAUGUAAUAUGUGGCUGCAUCCUUUUCAUUUUAAUCAGUAAAACCUAAAUGGCUUUUUUUUCCUUCCACAUGUUUCAUCCCUCAUGAGAUUGGCAGUAUCACAAAACAGCUUGGCAUUUUACCACCUAAUGAUCCACUCUCAGCCCUUCUUGAUGCUGCUCUCAGCCUUUUCUGGGAAGACUGACCUGUAUGAAUCAGCUCAAGUGUUUCCCAUACCCUCUGGCUUUUGAUUGGUUCAGCCAGUGGAGGACCCUGGCCAGAAAUCAGGGGGAGGGAAGAGAGUGAAGGCAGAUAGGGCCAGUUGUGAGUGUGUGGAUUUUUGAGUAAAACCUCGAAGCCAAAUGAGAAGACAGCUUCAAGGAACAGCUUCUACUGACAGUGAGUCUGCAGCCAUCUGUAUGCAUAAUAUGGAAUGUGCUCAACCCAGAGAUAGCUGAAUGGGUGGCUUCUGUUGACAAGGAGUGGUGAGUCUGACUGUCCCCACUGACUACCUGUUACAGGCGCCUAGUCCAGACAGCAAUUUUUAUACCUUUCCUGGUGGUUCAGAAGCAAAGAAAGGAAACAAUCCGACCAUUUUAUUUUUAGACUGGCUAUAGAAAAUACUUGAUCUCCAGGAACAAAAACACAGAGAAGUAAUUAAGUCAUUAUUUUGACAUCACUGGACAUUCAUCAUAUUGAGAAGCGUGCUUUGUGAAGCUUCCUGAGCUGAGCUUUGGAAACGUCAUUGGUGCUCGUCUGUAACCUGGACUAAAGCAUGAGUGAAUUCUGGUUGUGUUUCAACUGCUGUAUUGCAGAGCAGCCUCAGCCUGUCAGCUCCAUCCAGAACCAGAUGCAGUCCAAGGGCGGCUACGGGGGCGGCAUGGCUGCCAACGUGCAGAUGCAGCUCGUGGACACGAAGGCGGGAUAGCCCCGCUCCCGCCUCCAAAGUGUGAUGGCCUCUUGUUCACCCUGUUGUGAUUACUCCAGUGACACGUAACUGCUCUGCUCCGAAGAAACUGUUGUCAGAUGAACCCUGCGUUUUCUUCCGCUGGCAUGCAUGCCUUUGGACUCACGGACAGAGUUCUUUGGAUUGUGGCUUAUCUUUAUCAAUAUGGAUCUGAUUUUAGCAUGAUCUUUUUUGUGAAUGCUAGCACUGUUUUGCAUUUUUUCCCCAUUUUUAACAUUUCUCUUUCCAUCUCCAGCCCCCGGCCUUAUGAUAUUAUUGGUAAGCAAAGACGUGCUAUUAUUUGUUACUUUGUCACCAUUUAUGUAUAUUUUGGAAGGUAUGAGAACCAUAAGCACAAUGAUCAUUUCUAUCCACUUAAAACUUCAGCAGCGUAGAUACCUGCAUGCUUUAUGAAGUUGCUUUGUACAGGAGCCCAUGGGAUGCCAGAAAGGAACAGAAAGGAACGGGCUUUGCUGCCAUGGGCUGGUGAUACUGCUGCUGUUAGAGGAAGGUUAGCUGUGGCACCAAGUCACAUCGGUUUCACAAAAGAAAGGCAACUUGUAGCUUAUGACUUUUAUUUACUUAGAACUACAGUGAAAGAAAAGCUUGCAUUCAUAAGGCAUUCAUUCUGUUGUAAAUGUUCAGUAUAUUUAUUUGAAAGUGAGGACCUGGGAUUGUAAACAGUUGCGGGUGUGUGGUCACAUCCUCCCCAUCCAGUCUGACUGCGCAUCGCUAUCUUAGUAGCUGUUCAUUUUUUGUGCACUCAUCUGUUUUCACUUGUUUAGGUUUACUACUAUGGUAUUCAGUUGUUUCCAGUAGCAGCCUGUUGAAUGUCCUCUGAGAAACCUUUCGCUCAAGUUCCAAAAUACAUUUAUUCUUCACAAAGUGUAUUUCAGAUAUUUCUGUAAGGAUGUAGUGCUACGCCAGGUAGUGGUCUGUUUUCUUAUUAAACUAUUUAAGUCCUAUGUCUAGUUGAGCCAUAUCUAAGAGUUACAUUUGGUAGCACUAACAUUUCAUGUAGGAAAUGGGGUGACAUUGCAUAACAUAAAGAGGGAACAUUUUCUGUCUUCUUCGAUCCCUUUCCCCUCACCUUAGUCCCAAAUUCUUGUGAAUCACAGAACUGCAUAUGUAGUAGGUUUUAGGGGGCAAAACAUGAAAGCAUUUCUCCCCCAGUUCUUUUCAGUUUACCCAGUACAGUGGGCGCCAGCUACUCCUGCCCUGUGUUUCUGCAAUUUUGAGUCUUCGUAGGUCUCAAUCCCAAACAGAAUCUGUCAAGGAAAGACAUUUAUGCUUAGUAAUCAAAAUAGGCAUUUUGCAGUUUAAUACCUUCUAAACUUGAAUUCACCUGGUGUCGUUAAUUCACUGUGUGGAUACUGCAUUCUGGACUUCGCGUGAGUGCCAGGUCAGUGUCCUGCCAGGGCCACUGCUGUGUGCAGGCUCUUUUUAAGGGACGGGUUUCCUUGGCCUUGACAGCACUGAUGCUGUUGAGUCUAAUUCUACUUUGACUUUAACAUUUAGUAUGCAGACUUUAUCCUUGGCCUACACCUCCUAGACGACAACACAGGGAGCCAUAGUUCCUUUUCCCCAGCUCGUGAUUUGAUUUUAUUUUUUCCUCCAACUGCUCGCUUUCCUGAUUCUCAAAGGACCAAAUACUCCAGUGAGCACUGGAACGUCUCCGUGGUAAACCGAAGGCUGCACUCUGAAGCCUCUGGGUGUUCUGCAGCCGCCACCGACUUGACAGGCACAGGCAGCCACACUGCGUGCAAGCCCGCCUGCCAAGGAGCGUGCCGGUGACGGCGGAUGGAGUGAGACAAUUACCAAAAAUUCUAAAAGAUUUAACAUUGGACACAUUUUUUUUAGGGAGUCAGUUUUCCCACAGUGGUAAGUGGCUUUGUAAAUCUCGGGAGGUCAUUUGCUCCCCAUGACUGUGUGUCUCGCUUGAAAAUUGAUGCUAAUUCAGUAAAUAGCAUUGACUGUUAAUACUUUGCUGAAAUAUAUGCUAACAGCUGUUACCUAAUGACACACAUUCUUUUAUCAGUGAUCUGCGUUCUGUGGAGGAGGUGCUUUCCCACGAGGUAGGCAGAAAGGGGGGCCAGUGAGCGUAGAGGAGCAAUGUACACUGUGGUGACUGGGGCAGCAUUUCCCAGGCAGCAUUAUCGGUGGGCCUUUAAAUGAGAUACUUUGUGAGUAUAUCGGCUUUCACUUUGUUAUUAAAUUAUAGCAGUUCUAUUAUAGAGAGCAAGUUUGCCUUGAUUUUGUUUAAAAUGACUUCUGCUCAGCGCCCAGGAGAUAAAAUUGACAUAUUUUUAUAAUAUAAGCAUACUUUUUUUGUACAUUGUGUUCAUUCUUGAAUAAAGUGAGUUCAGUGUCAGCUUGUAGAUAAUAAAAAGAAAGUAUUGAUUUUGAUUCAAUAAAUGUUUUUCAAUCCUG